AUGCCUACAUUUCUUCAUCACGCAAGAUUACCAAGACUUCAAAUCCCCAAGUUCAACGGCUCACCAGCAGAUUGGCUGUCAUUCAAGGAUCUGUUUAACUCAAUUGUUAUUGCAAACCCAUCUCUUUCUUGUGUGGAAAAACUACAAUAUAUGAAAACUAGCCUAACGGGAUCAGCUGCUCAAUUCUUAAAAAACACUGCGCUAACAUCUGACAAUAUUCAGAAAGCCUGGGAUGCUUUGAUAGCUUUUUUCGAAAACAAAAGGAUUCUAGUAAACUCUGCAUUGUUUUCACUAAUUAACUUAAAACGAAUGACUAAAGAGUCCGCCUCCGAGAUGGAAACAUUGUACACAAACAUUAUGGAAAUCUACAGAACGCUUGAAACCUUACAACGACCAGUCGCAUCUUGGGAUGAUUUCUUAGUAUUCAUCGCGGUUCAAAGACUCGAUUCCGACUCUGUUAAAGCUUGGGAACAUCAUCUAGGCCCGUCAAAGGACCCUCCGACAUGGCAGCAAUUCACCGAGUUUUUAAUGACUCGAUUACUUUCCUUGCAAGCGUUCGAAAAAUCAAGAGGCACGAAAGGUCCUGCACAAUCUCGCCAGAUCCCAGUGAAGGCUCAUUUUCAAGGAAAACUAAAGGAUCAACCGGCUUUUAACUCAAAAACUUGUGGUCCUCAUCGAGCAGCUACUUGUAAAAUCACGAGACGUUGUAUAAAAUGUGGAAAUAAACACCAUACUACCAUUCAUAAAUCUGAUAUGAAGCCUAAAGUUAAUAAACCUGAUGCGCUGAAUUCGGAAAAUCAUUCCGAAUCAGCUACUAAACCAAUACAAAGUAACGUAUUGCAUUCUGCACUUGGAGCUCAAUUCUCUCCAUCAGAAGUUCUCCUCGCAACAGCUCGUGUCAAUCUCUUGAACGAUAGAGGUGAAAAGCGUAAGGUGAGAGUCUUAAUUGAUCAAGGCUCUGAGAUAUCUCUUAUAAGGGAACGUGUAGUUCAGCUGAUGCGAAUUCCUAGAAAGAUGACUGCUAUUCCUCUCGUUGGAGUAGGAGGUGAACAGACGAAUAAAACAAAGGGUCUUACUUCGUUUACCUUGCAAUCAUUACAUGAUUCACAAUCUACUUGUAGCAUUACAGCUCACAUCCUGCCAAAGCUCACUACCCCUUUGCCUUCUGCAAAGAUAACUACUACUGUAUGGCCACACCUUGCGGAGCUCGAAUUGGCAGAUCCUGAAUUCUCAUUACCUGGCGCUAUUGACAUAAUUAUUGGUUCUGAUUUCUAUGGUCACAUUAUACAGGACGGUUUAGUCAAAGGAGUUAUUAACUCACCGACAGCUCAGCGUACUAUUUUUGGAUGGAUCAUUUCUGGUCCGUGUGGCUUUCAGCCAAAUCCUAAUUUGUCGUCAUCUGCUCCAUGUGGCUUCCAGCCAACUCCUGUUGUGUCGCAAAGCUACCACGUUUCCUUUGACAGAGAAUUACUUGAGGUCUUAAGUCGUUUUUGGGAACUAGAGGACAUUCCUUGCUCGUCAAGAUCUCUGCUUUCAACCGAACAUCAAGCAUGUGAGGAUCAUUUUCAAUCUACUCAUUCUAGAGAUGAGAAUAGUCGCUACAUUGUAAGAUUACCUUCUAAAGAUUCAGUGAAUCAGCUGGGAAAUUCAAAGAUUAAGGCUCUUCGGUUAAUAUCUAGGAUGAAGAAGACAUUUGAAAACGAUCCCGCAUAUAAACGUACUUACUUCGAUUUUAUGAACGAGUAUAAUCAACUCCAGCAUAUGUGCAUUGUUUCUGAUCAAAAGUAUGACCCCCCUCAAGUAUACUAUUUGCCUCAUCACGGUGUAAUACGAGAAACCAGUCUUACUACUAAAUUAAGAGUAGUCUUUAAUG